GGUUAUAUGUUUGUGUACUUUCUGUUUGAUUUUUCAUUGCUGUUAUGCUAUGAAAUAUUAUUUGAAAAUAAUAUAAACACUAUUUGAAGUAUGGAAGUCGAUCAAACAGUUUCUGUAUCAAAGGGUGUUUUCGUUUUCAAAAAUAACUUCAAACCACUCACAAAGCUAGUGAAAUCCAAGCGAAAGCAGAAAAAUGUUGUUAACUACCAAAAUACAGCAUUUUCAUCAAAUGCAUGGUAUCAAUCCUACUCUAGUUUAUGGCAAAACAUUGAGGAAAAAAUUGAGAACUUGAAUAAUGCAAUGUUCUCCUCUGUUCUGAGUAGACUGGUGAAUUUUGUCAAAUCAAGUCAUGACUUUGAUGUUGAAGAAAUCCCAACUGCAGCUCUACUAACAGGUAUCAACAUGCCUGACCAUGCAGCACAGUUCAAAUCUUUGUCAAAUCAGAUCAAAGAAUCUGUUACUCCUCAUGUAGCUUGUCUUCACAGUCAAGAUUGCCAAAAUAUCAAAUAUCUAAUUGAGAAUAUGAUAGGUCAAUUGGUUAAAGAAGAUGAGAGUUUUUCUGAUGAGGACUCACUUUCUGAUAGUACAAGAACACAUCUGAAGAAAAGUCAACUCAACUUGUCAGUGCUUCAAUGCUGGUAUGAAAAUAUGUAUCAGGAACACUCUCAAACAUCUCCAAAGAAGCAGAAAACAAAGAAUAAGAAGAUUUUGGUAAUCAUCAUAUCUGAUUUUGAGAGUUUUAAUGCUGAAGUUCUACAAAAAUUUAUUCUGAUAGCUAGCUGCUACAUCAGAGUUUUACCAUUUGUUUUUAUUUUUGGUAUAGCCACUUCUAUAUCUACAUUACACACUUCUUUACCAUACAAAGUGUCUUCAAAAAUUUGUGUGAAGGUUUUCAAUUCUCAACGUUCUACCUGCUAUUUGAAUGAGAUUUUGGAAAAUGUGUUUUUUUCUACAUCAUGCCCAUUUCAGAUGGGUGGAAAAGUCUUCAAUUUGUUCAUAGAUAUAUUUCUGUUCUAUGAUUUAUCUGUUAACAAUUUCAUUCAAAAUAUCAAGUAUGCAAUGGCAGAACACUUCUCUUAUGGAAAUGCCAUGGCCUUAUGUUCCUUUAAUAAGAAAGAAACAUCAGCAAUAAUAGCUGAAUUUUCCCAUGAAGACUUGGAGAAUGUUAGACAUUUACUGUCUUUCAGAAAACUUGUGGAAAGUGAAACUUAUGAAAAUCAAAUCAGAUUAUUAACUGAUGAUGAUUAUUUUGCAAAUGUAUUGACAGAAGAAAUUGUGAAACUUCAGAAGUACAUAAGAAGGCUACAUAUCUUUUUGAAAUGUUUGCUAAUACUAGUAGAGGACUUGCCAAAAGCUCCAUUAGGACAACAAUUGAGAGACUUAUACAGUGUGGCAACAGCUAAAAACAUCACAAACAGUCCAGAGUAUAAAGAAUGUUUCAAGCUACUUGGUUUUCAAUCAAUGGAGGAACUGAGCAAAAAAUUAUCAAAAAUAUUAGACUAUCUAGAAGACAAAAUACUUUUCAAACAUGAGAAUAAAAUGAAAGAUUUUUAUGAACAGCUUGAAAGUUUUGUAGACAGUAUGAAUAAUUUCAACAUGGCUGAAAUGGAAGAAGCUGUUGUUGAAAUAGAAAAUAAUGAACAAGUGGCUUUGAAGAGCUUGGAUCGAAAACAAUUCAAAGAAAAACUUUUUGGGAUGACAAAGUCUCAAAACCAACCUCUGAAUAGAUAUGAAAAACUAAGAGAGAAGAUAAUUACAACAUUGUCACAGGCAUUUGAGGAGUACCUUAUUGAACCUAAGUCUUUCUAUUUCCAUGAGAUAUUUUUUUUUAAUAACAUUUCCAUACAGAGCAACAUUAUAGGUUCCCAUAGAUCUGCUAUCCAUAAUGCUCUGAAUGAUCCACAGUAUUAUUUACAGUGUGAUUGCUGCACCAUACCCAAUUCUAGUGUGAUAAAACACACUAUGCCUGAUAUUUGCAUAGCUUAUAAACUACAUUUGGAGUGUGGAAAGAUAAUCAACUUAUAUGACUGGUUGCAAGCAUUUUUGAGUAUUGUAGAUCCCAUAGAAAUUGAUGAUGAAACAAAGAGGAUUGUCAGUCCAGAGUUACAAGCUCGUUUCACACAAUGUGUGGCAGAACUGGAGUACUUGGGGUUCAUAAAAAGUACCAAAAGAAAAGCUGACCAUGUUGCGAGACUGACUUGGGGUGGUUAAUUUUGUUUUACUCUAUCAAUUCAUGUUGUUUGGAAGGAAUAUAUUUCAAGUUUUGCAUUAAAUAAAAUGAUAACUGUUCU